AUGCCGCGCGUCAACACUACGUGGGAUCCAGUCACAGAACAAAGAAAUCCAACUCGCUCUGACGCGGUCAAGAAACUAAUCAAGAGAGUCAAACGUUCUGAGGUGAGACGGGAGGGCGUCGGCUCGAACGCCCGGAGGGCAAUUGAAUUUGACGAAUUCCUGAGCUUACCGACCCUUGAUCGAGCUGAAGAAGAGCGUGUUGCGGCAAAGUACAUGGUGAACAGCGUCCUUAGACUUCAGUGGCACAUUACACUAGUGACACAGCAAUUGACAGAGUGUAUACUACGUAUGGUAGAUCUUUAUCAGUGUCUAACAUUAUAG